AUGAACAACUUGACGACAACAGCAGACGAUAAGGAAUGUGGUGAAGGGUCACUGCUGGAUCAAACGCACGUGAAAGUACCGGUGAUAUGCCUCUAUGGAUUGGUCUUCAAUGUUUGUCUGUUCGGGAAUCUGUUCACGCUGGUCGUAAUCGUCGUGCAUCGCUCAAUGCGAACGGCCACAAAUUUUUUUCUGGCCAAUUUAAUGAUCGCCGAUUUGCUGGUGGCACUGUUCUGCAUCAUGCAAAAUAUGUUCCACGUGGUGGGAAGUCCGAAUGGUAGCUGGCCUCUGGGUGCGCUCCUGUGUCAACUCUAUGUGUUCGUCCUACAUCUUGUCCCAUGCACCAGUAUAGGUAUCUUAAUCUGCGUCUCACUGGAAAAGUAUAUAGCCGUACUGCAUCCACUGAUCGCUUUGAAAAUGCUAACCCCAAGGCUGAGAAUUUGGAUGAUGUUAAUCAUAUGGUGUACAUCCAUAAUUGUAAACCUGCCCUAUUAUUUCACUACAAAGGAGCUGAAAUUCGGCAAAAUCGCUGCAUGUACAAGGGAUUUUUCAAGUACCGUGCUGAUACGCGAUAUGGUAACGAUAUCAUUCUUCCUGUGGUACGUGAUCCCGCUGGUAACGUUGGCCUAUGUUUACGCGAAAAUUGGUACUUUCCUAUGGAUGAGCGCCAACCAGGGUGUUGUAUGCACGGCGGCCGCCGCUGUUCGAACCUCUGACGGUUAAACGGCAAUGUGCAACGAUGGCUUGAUCACACUGUUGCAACCGCUCAGCUAUUUGUGUCUAUUCCUUUCCAGCUCGGUGAAUCCAUUUCUGUUCGCGUUCUUCUCGAGGCGUUUCCGUGACGCAGUCUACGAUAUUGUGUGCAGACAUGCAUGGCGUAAACAGUCGUGGAUAAGCCUGAUACGUACCCGUACGAUGAUGUCGGAUUGCGGUGGUGCGGACGCAGAUGCCAAGUCGAGCAGUUUACCGAAGAGCUUUCGGUUGAGUGAGUUGAGACGGGCCAAUUCGGCCGGUAAUCGAUGCUGA